AGAUCGAUCAGUCUUCCAUUCAUAUCUCACAACCGUACAGAAGGACGUACGUCUGGAAUUCAAUUUCCAGGCCUGCUGAUCCCAUCAGGCGCCAUCCCUGCAGGGAAACAAUGGGGACUUGCAAGGCACUGUCUGACUUUUGGCAAGGAUCAAGAACCCCAUCAAUGGAGUUCAACGACAAAUCUAGUUCUAACUUUGAGGAUUUCCAAAGCAACAUGUCGGCUACUUCUGGGUUCUAUGCCUUGGUUGAUCCAGCCGAUGAGUCAAAUGAUUUGGAGUCAUUUUUGCACCAACCAAGAUCCAAGCAUCAUUAUCCUCCUGUAUCAAAUACUUUUAGCGAUAGUGACCAUAUUACAUUGAGCACCCCCUAUUCGAGUACAGUAGAUGGUCCUCAAUUCUGUGACCUCAGUAGCAAUGCGGCACCAGAUUGGUAUGGAACCAGUGUAGCAGACUCUUCUAAUAACAGUUGGACCAACUCAGAUAUAACCAUCGACUACUUAAACAAGCUGUUGAUGGACGAGGACGAUGAGGAUAAGGUAAAAUUACAUCAUGGAGAGUGCGCCCUUAGAGCUAUGGAAGAGCCUUUCUAUAGAAUUCUUGGACAAAAUAAUCCAGCUUAUCCUGAGUCACCAUCACUUUGUAGCUGUGGUCAUCUGAAUAACCUCGACGACAGCAUCAACAAGUCUUCUGGGCUCUCAUGCAGUAGCUGCUCUGUUGCUAUUGAUUCAAGUAAUAGUCAUUCUAAUCACAACUUGCAAGCUUUUGAAGCUCCAUGGAGUUUGUCUGACAUAGUCAAAGAGACAAAACGUUCCACUGAAGGUACACGAAACAUGGAGUUUGGUGUGAAAAUUGAUGGCCUCUCAAUUGCUGAAAAGCGUAGCCGAGAUAAUCAGUCACUUCAGGUAAAUGCUGCAGAUACGAGCAAGCAUGCAUCAUCUGAGGUUCACAGUGGAUAUUUCUCAAGUACAGAAGAUUCUUAUUUGUCAGAAGCAAGAAGUAGCAAGCAGGUUGCCUUUUCAUUCAAUGAGCCAACCCGAGAUGAGAUGUUUGACAGGGUUCUACUCUUCUCUGAGCAUAAACCUACAGAUGAAGCUAUUGUUUUGCAAGAAAUGAUGACAAACAAAUCAACCGGACAUUCACAGAAUGAACAAGGAAGAACAUCAGCUCGGCGGAAGACACGAGGAAAGAAGCAACAGAAGAAAGAGGUGGUGGAUCUAAGAGCCAUUCUUAUCCAUUGUGCACAAGCAGUAUCUGUGAAUAACCAUACCUUAGCAAAUGACAUGCUGAACAUAAUAAGGCAACAUUCCUCAAUAACUGGGGACGAUACCCAGAGGCUAGCAUUUUGUCUAGUGGACUGCCUUGAGGUGCGAUUAGCUGGAACUGGGUGUCAGCUGUAUCGCAAAUUGAUCACUAAAAGCAGCAACGCUGUGGCCAUUUUAAAGGUAUUACAAUUGUCUUUAGCGGUAAAUCCUUUAUUGAGGGCAUCAUUUUAUUUCUCAAAUAAGACAAUCCUUGAUGUCUCGAAGGGAAAAUCUAAGGUGCACAUUAUCGAUUUUGGCAUUUGCUUUGGAUUUCAAUGGCCAUCACUGUUUGAGCAACUCGCAAAGAGGGAAGAUGGGCCGCCCAAGGUUCGGAUCACAGGUAUUGAGCAACCAAUGCAAGGAUUUCGACCAAACCAAAUGAAUAAGCAGAACACGGGACAGCGAUUAGCUGAUUAUGCUAGCAUGUUCAAUGUGCCUUUUGAAUAUCAAGCAAUAUCAUCAAUGUGGGAAACCAUAAGUAUAGAAGAUCUUAACAUUGAGGAAGAUGAUGUGCUGAUAGUCAACUGCAUAGACCGAAUGAAGAUUCUGGGUGAUGAGACAGUAUCCAUAAACAGCGCAAGGAAUAAGGUUCUCAAUACCAUUAGAAUGAUGAAGCCAAAAAUUUUUGUGCAUGGAGUAGUGAAUGGAUCAUACGGUACCCCCAUCUUUUUAACACGUUUUAAAGAAGUAAUGUACCAUUACUCUGCAUUAUUUGAUAUCUUUGAUAAAACUGUUCCACGAGAUAAUGAGACAAGAUUGCACAUAGAGAGGAGCAUGUUUCUGUCCCAACUUCUCAAUGUCAUCGCAUGUGAAGGAUCCGAAAGGAUUGAGAGGCCAGAGAAUUAUAAGAAAUGGAAGUCACGAAGCCUGAAUGCUGGCCUUGAGCAGCUCCCACUGAAUCCAGACAUUGUGGAAGUAAUAAGAGAAAUGGUGGGAAAAUAUCACAAAGAUUAUGUUAUCUACGAAGAUGAUCAGUGGCUACUACUAGGAUGGAAGGGAAGGAUACUGAAUGGAAUAUCCACAUGGAAACCUAGUGAGUCAUAUGUUGGUGACUAAGACUUAAGAAGCUUUCUAGUACGUCCAGAGGUUUGACAAUCCUAUGUAUCAAUAGUCUGAACUUAUGAUAUAUUGUUAAGCUUUUUACUGUGUGCUGGCAAUGCAUUGCAAUUGGCUAACUAGUUCGACAGUGCUUCCAAAGUGCAACACUUUGCAUAGUUGUUGCUUUUAAACAUUUGAAUUUGUGUUGCCAAUAUAUCCUUUCUUACCUAAACUAAUUUGUUCGAUUGCCUUUCUGUCAUAUAAUCUAUGGCGUUUCCAUUACACAUCAAAAUGUUGCCAGAUGGUGGGACGAAUUCUGGGCAAGUUUAAUUCUUUAGCCUUUGUUCAUACAUGGGCAAUAAUCAGAGCAUUUUACAUCCAAGCAUGCUCUAUUUCUAUGGGCAAUUAUGAAUUGUGGAUCCCCGUAUCGUAACUAGAUUAGAUCACAGUUGGGAGUUACUAGCAUUAUAACAACGAGGCACAGUCAUGCCCGCCGAGCAAGAAAGAAACGAAGGAGGCG